AUGCCACUGGUAGAGCCCACCACACUAGACGAUGCGAUCGCAAGUGUGCAAAAACUGGAAGCUGGAGAAUACUAUACUGGCAGAAAACAGGAGAAUAACCCAGCUAAUGAUGCCAUCAGCAGCCUAACGAAACAAGUACAAGAAAUACAAGAACAUAGAGCCCAUGAAUGCCCCGAGCCAAGGAGACUGUUACCACAAGUUGUCAACCCUCGUGACGUGAACCUUUGCAAAGUAGAAAAUAGUGACGACGAAGCUUAUGUUGCUACUAGAUCACGACACCAGCCGUACACCAUUAAUUGUCCUAAAAAAAAUGAAUUGAAACAAGCACAACCGGUACAACAGGAAGAGUGCAUUCAAUCAACACAACUAGUAGAAAUGGAGAUCACGGCAGAACCUGCAAAAAAGAAUGCCACACCGCGAGUUAAGCAUCAGAGAGGACCGUCAGUAGUAGAUCAAGCACCUCUAUACAAUGUUGCAGAAGACUUGUUGAUAUUGAAACGACCUAUCAUCACCCCCACGGAAGUUGACUAUGUGGAAGACCAGCCCCAACAAACCUCAGCAGCUAGAUGUAAUGUGAAGAUAAGAAACAAACCAGUUAUAGCAGUAUUGGACUCUGAAGCUGCAGUGAGCAUUAUGUCAAAGAAAUUGCUUACCAAGCUUGAACUACAGAUUUCGGAACCAUCUAAUGCUGUUGUCGUCACUGCGAACAGAACAUGGGAAAGAGCUUUAGGAAAAUUGAAGAACGUAGCAUUACAACUAGGAAGAAUCACUGUACCUACAGAUUUUCAGGUUAUAGAAUCUACGGAAAAAAUGAUGCUAUUAAAAAUGAGUUGGUUUAAGAAGUUAUGUACCCGCCUAUAUUUCGACGAACAAAAGUUAAUCAUUACCCACAAAGGAGAAAGCAUAGAGCUACCUAUUCACCAGAAAAAAGAAGUUAAAAUAGAAGAACUGAAGGAAGAGAAAGAGGAUUACGAAGAAGAUGACUAUUUCGACACAUACGAGGAAGAAGAUCUGGAUGAAGUAGAAAGUUACUUGACAAACGAUCAAGAGGACUUAUAUACCAACCCAUGGAUCGACGAGCAUAGCCCGGCAGUAUAUUUGACGAUGAUCGAAGAAGUUCUGACACCUGAAGAGACCGAACGACCUAUACAACCUCUAGAAGGAGUAAUAGAAGAAUUAGUAAAUGCCGAA